AUGCGUUGGUUAAAAAUAUUAUCCGUAUUGUUGUUGUGUCUGGUGAACCUCGCAGUAGCACAAAACGACAAUGAUGAUGAAAAUUUGAGAGUUAAAAUUAAUUCUGGUAUAGUGCAAGGAAGACUGAGACAUGUAGAAGGCACAACUAAAACGUAUUACUCUUUUCAAGGAAUCCCAUAUGCUGAACCUCCUAUUAACGAUCUCAGAUUUAGAAAUCCUGUGCCUGCUCGAAACUGGGAGGGAGUGUUGCCUACUCAAGGGGAUGAGCAUAAGUGCAUUCAAGAAUAUGAAGCAAAAGGAUCUGAGGACUGCCUCUAUAUUAAUGUUUUCACUCCAGAUAUUAAUGGAUCGAAUAUACCUGUUAUGGUGUGGAUAUACGGAGGGGCAUUCAAUAAAGGCAGCUCCAAAAUUAAAAAAUAUUCACCAGACUAUUUUUUGGAAGAACACAUUAUAAUUGUUACAUUUAAUUACCGAGUGGGAGUUUUUGGCUUUCUAAGCACAGAAGAUUCGGCAUCUCCUGGAAAUUAUGGUUUGAAGGAUCAAAUCUUGGCUUUGCAGUGGGUGAAAGACAACAUAGGGCACUUUGGAGGAAAUUCUGAGAGUAUUACGGUUUUUGGGCAGAGCGCCGGUUCAGCUUCAGUAGCGUACUUGCUGCAGACGCCAUUAACCACAAUGGAAGUAGACGAGUUCGAAAUCGAUUUUGAAGAAGACAUGUCAGAAGAAAAUGCAAGUAAACUCGACAAUCAGAUUUCAGAGUCGUUAGAAAAUGAUAUUUUGCAGUUGCAGGACGAGGAAAUCGACGACGAAAUAGAUUGUGAUAAUACUGAUGAUCUUUUUCACAGAGCCAUCAUGCAAAGCGGCACAUCACUCAACUUGUGGGCACUCACUAGAAAUCCAAAAACUACCGCUUUCGCCAUAGGUAAAUCCCUUGGCAUUGAAACGAAGAAUUCUACGAUUCUAGUAAACGCCUUGAGAAAAAUAGAAACUAGCACCCUGCAAGCCACAGCUGUAUCCAAUCUACUUUUGGAAACUAUAGUAUCUAAUCCUAGGAAUGGCUUAGUAUUCGGUCCUUCGACAGAACCAAACCUACCCGGUGCUGUGGUUAUAAAAAAGAGCCAUGAGAUGUUAAAUUAUGGAGAUUUUAACAGAAUACCUUGCAUGGUCGGUUUUAAUUCGGCGGAAGGAACAGAAGCUGCUUCUAUAAUCGACUACGUGAGGCCAUACGUCUUCAUGUACGAUUUAUUUUCCUCAAAACUAGUACCAAUCGACAUGAAUAUACAGUCUAUAUUUCGAAAAACCUUUGUUGCCCUCUCAAUAAGGCAGAGAUAUUUUGGAGUUGUACCUAUCAGUCUAUCAGACGAAGAUGUAGCAAAGUUUGUGACUGAUGAUCAGUUCGUUAGACCAAUAUACGAAUAUGUUUCCCUAAUCUCUAAGUACGUCCCUGUGUAUUUCUACAGAUUUUCGUAUGAGGGUGUAACAGGUAUAAACGGACAACCUCGUAAAAAUAAAGGAGUUGGACAUAGUGAAGAACUGUCUUAUAUGUGGAAGCAAAAGGAUAAUAUUGCUGACCCGCCAGAAACCGAUAUUAUAACUAGAAAGAGACUCGUCAAACUUUGGACAAACUUUGCACAGACAUCAAACCCCACCCCAGAAAAAGACGACCUAUUCCAAAAUGUGAUUUGGCCAGUCGCUAAGCACAGAAACAUCACCUACUUGGACAUUGGACAGAGUUUGAAAGUGACGACUGAUAUGAGCUACUACAACAUUGAGUUUUGGAGACUCUUGUACAAGAAUUUCGGCUUUCCACCGUAUGAUACCUACUAGGUCUACGAGUAUAUUAGAUUAAAUUUUUAAUGUUGAUAUUUUAUUUUUAUAAAAGCGAUUGAGUUUAUCGCUAGAAUAAUAAAACAUAUG